AUGCAACUGAAAGCUUUCAUCAUCUGCUUGAUGGCGACCGGGGCUUAUGCCUGCACCGACGGCCAGUUACCGAGUAACCAACAGGCUCAUGCAGCAAACAAUAUAACAAAACCAGAAUUCGGAGGCCAAACUCCACCAAAGGGCACUGGAGCAACGUACUGUGGUAAUCACGGCAACCCGUACGGCAGUAAUAUCCUCCUCAUCGACAAAAAAUGGGUGUCUAGCUUCAAAUACGUGGCCCAGUUCUAUUCGCCGCCGGAGACAACGGAAUCAUGGAACAUUGUUGUUUGGAAUAAGUGUGGUAAAGAUGGUGGCGUUGACGGGUUCUUUGGUGAAUGGGUGCAAAACUUUCAAAUCGCACCAAGUGAAACCAAAUAUGUUGUUUUCGACGAGGAUAGUCAAGGAGGCUGGGGAGCUGCUCCAGGUACUAGCCCAGUCCUUAACUCCGUGGGGAGCUGUGCAAGCACCUGGGGUGAGUUUGACUUUGCAAAUGCGGCCAACAACGCGUCGGGCUAUGAUGUCUCUUCGAUCGCGGCGCAGAAUGCUACUCUGACCGUCCAAGGCAUGCAAAUUUGCGCUACUCAAUCCAAUAACUGUUCUUCUAUUUCAAACUCUGGAACCGUCAUCAAUGCCUACACAGAGGCUAACCAGGAUCGAAAUGACAUUGCCCCUUGGUUGAUCGGCGAUGGCCCGGUGACUCUGGACGUUACUAUUAAUUUCUCGGGGUAA